AUGGCGUCAAUAAGCGACCUUGCCACGGCGGCAAUUUCUUACUCUGGCGGCGACGCGGUCGCGACCGACAUCUCGGCUAGGCACGAUGGCAAGCGGGGAGCAUUUAUUGUGCUGGAGGGCUUGGAUCGCAGCGGCAAGACGACGCAAGUGAAGCUUCUGGAGCAGCGGUUUGUGGAGGAGGGGAGGGCGGUCAAGGUUAUGAGGUUUCCGGAUAGGACCACGCCAAUCGGGCAGAUAAUUGACGCCUACCUCAAGAGCAACAUCCAGGUCGAAGACCAUGUUAUUCACUUGCUAUUUAGUGCCAACCGGUGGGAGGCAGUCGACCAGAUAAAAUCACUGCUCGCCUCCGGAACUACCAUCAUCUGCGACCGCUUCUACCACUCGGGCAUCGUGUAUUCCGCCGCCAAGCGCAAUCCGUCGCUCCCGCUGUCCUGGGCCCGCGCCCCCGAGCGCGGCCUGCCCCGGCCAGACAUGGUGCUCUUCCUGGACUUGGACGAAGCGGCUGCCAGGGCGAGGGGCGGCUGGGGCAGCGAGGUGUACGAGAAGACGGAGAUGCAGAAGACAGUGCGGGAACUCUUCUGGUGCCUCGGCAUGGGGGGAAAGGACGUGCACGGCCAGGAGAUUCUGGCUGAUCUGGGGGGGCUGCAAGGCGCGCAAUGGAGGCAGGAGGAGGAGGAUCUGGUGGUUCUCGAUGCGGACGGGAGCGUGGAAGAGGUGGCCGAGAGGGUUUGGGCAAAGGUUAAGGAGAGGGUGGAGCAGGUCGAGAAGGGGGAGCUUGGGACACGGAUACGGGUGGUGCAGUGA